AUGCGCCUCUCUGCAUCCAUCUUCGCCGCCGUAGCCGUGGCCUUCAUGGCAAUGGCUCUUCCUACCGAAGAUCAAACGGUCGACUUCGCUGAGCGUGACUUCGUUGUCAGAGCGGGUGAUCUCUCUGGUCACUCAUCUUCUGACGAGCUUCUCAACCGCGCUGCCUCCGACGAGACUGCUAUCGAGAUUCUCGAGCGAGGCGACUCGGAUGAAGUCGCUCCCAACACCGAGAUGGCCGUUCGCCAAAUUCCUUACUCGAAUCACAAGAACCUCUUCACCAUCACCCUCAAGGGCAGCCACGUCGUAGUCAACGGGGCCAUCAAUUUCGCGAUCCAGGCCUAUAUCGAAAGCAUCAACAACGUUCAUAUUUUUCGCAUCAAUGCCCUGACCGGCGGUACCUAUAGAGCGACAGCCACCUUGCUCAGCUACGAGUUCAAGAAGAACUGGUUCGGAACAGCCUUCAACCGCGUCUCUGCUGAGAUAGCCUUUACUUGGGUAAGCGCUUCCGAGACCGUCUACAAAUUCAUCGGCAAUGUUGUCUACGGAAUCGACUCUCGUGUUACCCUCUUGCUUGAGGAUGUUCAGCUCUUUGAGAUUCUUAGUGGCACUCAGCAGCUUGCCAAACAGGCUGCCACCAAUCUGGUCCUUGGUUCUUACGAUGAUGACUACGGGGAGUUGUAG